UGUUGGCCCGAUUCCGUAAACAGGUGGACCAAAUACUCACAUACCGCUGGCUAGUUCACGAAUAUCACCAAUAAUAUGUGACAGAUGGAGCAAUGUGUGAUGGAUGAGCAAUGGUUUUCGAACUUUCAAACACUUUGUCAACAGUUGUGCACUAGCUUUCUGGGUUUACAAGUACGAUACGUGCAGUGAUUUCCUCUGGAUUUGUCAUUUUGGAACUAAUGUAAGUUGUUGUUUUCUUUUUAGACGAAAUCAUCACUUUGUUCACCAAACAUGACUGCUGUGGGAAUGUUUAGAGAAAGAAGCUGUGAUACUGAAUGCAAUAGAUAGAUAAAGGUAUGCGUUACCAAACAACUAUGGUCAAUUCUUCCCAACAAGUGAUGGGAGGCGCAUGAUGUUUCAUCUCUCUACAGGUGCAAGCAUGAACGUCUCUGUCAACUAUUCAGGUGUGCAGACUCCGGGGGCCACCAUUGCUGUGUCGGUCACAGCAAUGUGCAUCGUCAACAUUGUGGCAUUUGUUGGCAACCUCAGCAACCUCAUCGUAAUCUUAAAGUGCGCACAUCUUCGCCACACUCUCACAAAUCUCUUCGUUCUGAAUCUGUGCAGUGUGGACCUUCUGGCAUCCAUCCUAGUUCUCCCAGUCUCUAUAGCCACGUUCAUUAAAGGAGGCUGGCCCCUGGACACCACCGCGUGCACCAUCACUGGAUUCAUCAACUCGUUGUUGACGUUUUCUUCCAUAACAAACUUGUGCACCAUAAGUAUAGAACGUUAUUACUCCAUCCGUCUCCCCAUGCACCACGCCGCAAACAUGACCCUGUGUCGGACAUUACUGGUCAUCGUCUUCAUCUGGACGGAGAGCGUGGUGUUCGCGGCUCUCCCUCUGCUAGGACUUAGCUCCUAUGAGUACCGGGAUCACAAGAAGCAUUGUUCCUUCACAUGGCGGGAUGGUAACUACAGUAGGGCCUAUAUCUUUGUCAUAGGGUUCUGGUGUUUCCUUCUUCCCGGAGUUAUUUUACUGUUUAUGUAUUACGGAAUAUUCAAAGUGGCGAGACUUGCAGCCACCCAAGUGCAUCCCCAGCCUUCCCCUCAGACAAGAUGUUCCACCCUCAGCAGAAACCCAAAUGGAUCAGGGUCACUAUCCAACGACACAAGGGGAAGUGUGUCGUCUCAUGUGUCUGUGUUGCCUGCUAGACAGCUGCCCAAACCAGCUAGGAAACAUUUCAAAGCUGUCAAGACUCUGAUAGUGAUUCUAACCGCUUACAUAGUGCUGUGGGGGCCUUACUUCAUCCUUCACAUUCACGGGGCAGUGUUUGGUAGUGUCGUCCAAAGACAGACGAUGGAGAUACUGACAACGUGGCUGGGCUAUGUAUCCUUUGCCCUAAACCCCUUCCUCUACGGCUGGAUGAACCGGACGAUCCGGGAGGAGCUUCAGAGCCUGUACAGGUUGUUGUUUUGUUGUAUGUGCAAAAAGGACGAUCCCACCCCCGAGGACGGUCCCCCCGGGGAGGACUUCUGGCAAUUUCUCGAGAGGACUAGUGCUAAAAACAACGUCACUCCGCCCGUCGCUGUGGGUGACAACAGCAGACCUCAAGACCAACGAGACUGUGACAUUGAGAACUCGGAAUUAUGUUUCUGAGUCGUGAGUGAUAUU